AUGCCGAAACGAAAACCAAGAAAAGACCCAGAAGACCUGCCAGAUGCGCCGGAAGGCAAGGGGAAGAGGAAGAAUGAGGACUCGGAUAGCGACGAGGAUAUGGAUAUGGUGAAUGUCGACUUCGAAUGGUUUGACCCCCAGCCUGCCGUCGACUUCCACGGCCUCAAAACCCUCCUGCGCCAGCUCCUUGACGUCGACGCCCAGCUCUUCGACCUCUCUGCGCUUGCCGACCUCAUCCUCUCGCAGCCGUUACUCGGCAGCACCGUGAAGGUCGAUGGCAAUGAAAGCGACCCCUACGCCUUCCUCACCGUGCUGAAUCUCUCAACCCAUAAAGACAACAAAGUCAUAAAAGACCUCACCACCUACCUCACCAAAAAAGCAUCCUCCACCCCGUCCCUCGCACCCCUGUCUUCCCUCCUCUCCCAGCCCUCUCCCUCCCAAAUCGGCCUCAUCCUAACCGAACGCUUCAUCAACAUGCCCCACGAAACUGUACCACCCAUGUACACCAUGCUGCUAGAAGAAAUCGCGUGGGCGCUGUCGGAAAAAGAACCAUAUGCCUUCACCCACUAUCUCAUUCUCUCGAAAACCUACGCCGAGGUCGCUUCGUCGCUGUCGUCGCCCGACCCACCACCACCUAGCAAGAAGAAGAAAGGAGGGGCAGCAGGAGGAAAGGGUAAGGAGGAAGAGACGUUUUACUUCCACCCGGAAGAUGAGGUGUUGCAGAAGUAUAGUCUGGGUUGGGGGAGCUUUGAGUAUGAUACUGAGGUGGAUGAGGGGGCGAGUGACAGCAAGAGGGCAUUCCAAGAGCUGGGGGUUAAGCCGAAGGGGCAUUUGGUUUUGAUUGAGGGGAAGAGGUUUGAGGAAGCCGUGAAUGCAGUUAAGGAGUUCUUGGGCAGUGGGCAGUGAGAUGGGGGAUACGAGCAGGGAAAGUAGUGGAUUCCGUACGGAUAUGGUGUCGGAGUAGCCUUCAUUCAGGUGUCAGAAACUUAUGUACAGGCAGGAGCACUGGGGAAUACACAGGCAAGAGCACUGGGGAAUGCACAGGCAGGAGCAUUGGGGAAUGUACAGGCAGGAGCAUUGGGGAAUGUACAGGCAGGAGCAUUGGGGAAUUGACAGGCAGGAGCACUGGGGAAUGCACAGGAAGGAGCAUUGGAGAACGCAAAUGGGCGAAUAUAGGAAGCGGG